UUCUGUGCAUGGGUAUGACCCAGUUAACAAACCCAUCUUCUGCAUCUCAUGGUCUCUCCGACCCUGCCCAUCUCUGCGAGGAGGUAACCUCAGCUCCUGGCAACAAGGAGCAAACUUAUUUUUGAAACAAGCGGUCGAACUGGUUGCUGCAUCUUAAUGAAAACGAUUUUUAAAGAACCCAACACAUUUCUAUGUAUAUAAACAGCCCUUCCUCCCAAACCUGGUUAGACAAGAAUGUUCCUGGGUGUGGACUGCCUUGUAUAAUUAACUGCACAGCUGUAGCUUCUGAUCCCUGGUAACUUCUUUCUUUCUCCCUGCGUCUCCCCAACAUAAUCCAGGCGUUCUCCUCCUCCCUGCUGGAGCUCCAGGUGCGUCACUUGGGCAGAAACUUUCCAGCAUUCUAUCGUCAUUCCUUGCUGAGACAACGACUGGGCAGACAUACCCACUUGGGGCUGAGAGGCAGGAACUGGAGGAUAGAUUAAGUGGUGAAGCUCAUUUGCCCUGUUCAGACGAUGGAAACGGGGAGCGCAGCAAGGACAAAUGGUACCACUGGGAAGCCAGAGGAUGUGAAGAGCCCAUCUGCCCCCAAAAAGGAAGAAGAAGUGAAGAAGAACACAAACGCUAGUGGAGGCGAGAAGGAAGCUCUGAAGGGCACCGGCAGCGCAUCUUUGGAGACAGGGCAAAUCAAGAGCUCCCUUUUCUCCGGGAGUGACUGGAAGAGGCCCAUCAUUCAGUUUGUGGAGUCGUCUGACGAGAAGAGAUCAACCUACUUCAGCAUGGAUUCGGCAGAUUCAAAGAAGAUGCAAUAUGCCAGUGGACAGAUAGGGGAGAUGAGGAGACCACCGCUCUCCUUUGCAGAGAAGGGCGAUCUCAGGAAGUCCCUCUUCAAUUUGGAUUCCAAAAAGAGCUUCCUGCCUAGCGAAGGGGAAGGGAGGAAGUCAUUGUUCUCUGGGGGGCAGAUGGGGGACCUGAAGAAAACUUCCCUCCCUCUGGUAGAGACAGGCGACCUGAGAAGACCCCCCUUCAACAAGCCUGACAGAGCAGCCGGGUCACGGCCCAGGGUGAAGCUCGAGGAUGUUCUGUGCGAUUCCUGCAUUGAUAACAAGCAAAAGGCUGUGAAGUCCUGCUUGGUGUGCCAGGCUUCCUUCUGUGAGCUGCACCUCAAGCCCCAUCUGGAGGGAGCAGCUUUCCGGGACCACCAGCUCCUGGACCCCAUCAGGGACUUUGAAGCAAGAAAAUGCCCUGUGCAUGGGAAGACCAUGGAGCUGUUCUGUCAGACGGACCAGAUGUGCAUCUGCUACCUCUGCAUGUUCCAAGAGCACAAGAACCACAGCACAGUGACAGUGGAGAUCGAGAAAGCAGGAAAAGAGGCUGAGCUUUCACUGCAGAAAGAGCAACUGCAGCUGAAGAUCAUUGAGGUAGAAGAUGAAAUCGACAAGUGGCAGAAGGAGAGAGACCGCAUCAAGAACUACACCACCAAUGAGAAAGCAACAGUGGACCAGCAUUUCAAAGAGCUGAUCCGUGACCUGGAGAGGCAGAGGGAUGAAGUGAAGGCUGCCCUGGAUCAGAGGGAGAAGACUGCAUCAGAGAACGUGAAAGAAAUCGUGGAUGAGCUGGAAGAGAGGGCAAAGCUUCUGCGGGAAGACAAGGAGAACAGGGAGCAGAUCCACCAGAUCAGUGACUCCGUGCUCUUCCUGCAGGAGUUUGGUGCUUUGAUGCGGAAUUACGUCCCCCCUCCAUCUCUUCCAACAUACAGUGUGCUGCUCGAAGGGGAGAGCAUGAGCCCAUCUAUGGGACUCCUCAGAGAUGACCUCCUAAAUGUCUGCAUGAGGCACGUGGAGAAGAUCUGCAAGGCAGACCUUGGCCGCAACUUCAUAGAGAGGAACCACAUGGAGAAUGGUGACCACCGGUACAUGAUGAAUAACUAUGAGUGGAACCAGCCUGACAACUUGAAGAGAUUUUCCAUGUUCCUGUCUCCCAAAGCCAGUUUCAACCCACGAUCAUGGGAAUUUUCCUCCUUCCAAGCGACUGAGGAAACACUUGUCGGCAAUGGUACUAAGCUGCCUUUUCAAUUCUCCUCGGUGGGACAGAAUCCGCCUGGUGACUUCAGCAAACAGUCUGAUGGGAGCCUCUUCACUAAGACCGCUUAUCCUUCAAUAGUGAGACAUCAGUCUGCAAAGGUGACACCACAGACAUGGAAAUCCUCUAAGCAGUCUGUCUUGUCACAUUACCGCCCCUUUUACGUCAACAAAGGCAAUGGAGCCACUUCCAACGAGGCACCUUGAGUCCUGAAGAUUUAGGGAAGAGCUGGCAGCACUUGGAGUGAAGACUCAGCUGCGGAUUUUCAUGGAUGUACCUGCUACUAUAUUAACCUUACUGCUCUAAUCUCUGCCAGGGAGAGGGAAGGUGCAGAAGGGAAUAAUAGCCUUUACUAGAGGAAACAAGGACUUUUUCCAAAUCACCUAAUCGCCUUGAAAGCUCCGCAGGCCUUAACAACGUAACCCCAUCCUCUGCUGUCACCUCCUUAUUCCGUCUCUGUCAAUGCCCUUCCUUUUGCUUCUGCAGAGCAAGCUGCUCUGCUUCUCCUGGGAAGCAUGCAUGCUUGGGUAGCAACCCCUCCAACUCUAUUGUACCAGUUGUCCCCUUGUCCUAAGCGUGUUUAUAUGACCAUAGCCAUUAAGUUCUGAUGAAGGUCCUAUGCUGGGGGGGCCCAAAGGUCUUCCUGGAAUGAAGAGGCCCCAGCCAGCCACUGGGACAGGCUAAAGCUCUUCCCUUUCCCCCUUUAGCCUGUCACUCAGAAACAGGGAAACAGCUCUCACUGGCAUCAGGUCCAGUGCUGCACCUCCCCAAGACCCCUGCAAACUCCCCCUCCAGCCCAUGCCAAUGGCAGCACACUUCCUCAGAGCCCUUCAUCAGCUGAGCUCAGCUCUUGCUGCCUACAAAAAGCCAUCCAGCAGGACCCAGUCAGAGCUGCUACAGCCCAAGGCCAGCUACUGGUGGAGGGCAGAGAGGCUCUCUAUCCCAUUAAAGUACCCCCCCAGCCACCUUUUCAAAUUCAGGGAUAAAAAAGAAAAUCCAUCCUACUAACAUAAGAUUGAUUAGAUGCCAUAGGUGGUGGGUGCUUUUUCGUUUCGUGUUGGCUUUUUUUUUAAUUCCCCUAAACCAAAAUUGAUUAAUACAUUGUGGUCCAGGGCUUGUUUUUGGAUUUUUGUUUUUUUUUCUGCAAUGGGCAAUGAGAAUUAGUACCACAGCUUUUUGCUCA